AUGCGUCUGUUGUUCUGGAGCAUCCUCUGUUUCGGCCUCGUUACCGCGAGCGAAUUCGUGGACGCCGGCAGAGCCAGCCGAUCCUUGGCAUUCCGGAAGGGCAGCUCCUUUUUCUUUAGGAUGAAUUUCAAGAUCACCUUGUUCCCGUCCACGACGAUCUUCGCCCAAGCAGCCGGCUUCAAGGUAGUUUGGGAGCUUCCGACCGAGACCGGUCGUCCCGGCAUCGGUCGUCCCGGCAGGUCGGUCUCGGACGUUCACGAGGCGGCCGAGCUCGUUUACGAAAGCCACGGAUUCGACGGAAGGUCCUGCUUGCUGAAGAACGUCUGUCAGGCUAUGGAAUAUGCGAGCCAGAGAGACGGGGUCAUGGCGAAGAUAUUGAAGCUGCUCGUCGGAUCGUACGCAAACAACGAUGCCGCGACGGAAGACGAAGAACCGAUUCUCUGCGACAUCCACGUCAGAAAUUGUCCUCUAGAGCUAAUCGGAAUAGAUAGCUUUAUCGAGCAAUGAACUGUGCCGAUUUAACGACUCGGAACGAAGACUGAACACCGGGAGAAUUAUGCAAAGAAAUCAAAAUAACGUGACCCUAAUUGAAUCCACGAUUUGCGACGGCGUGGUGAAACUAUGGCUGCUCCAGUUUUCACGGUGAAGAUCUUUCGAUGGAGGACAGCGUCGUUAGUGACGUCCGUUUCCCGGUGUAAGGGCCGUGGGACACGAACACAUAAAUUUCCAAUGUAAUUGUUCACCUAACCGUGAACACCGAAGUGUUAUCGGUAGAUUGCGAACUUUUGUGCAAAAUAAACAUUGCACGCGGCAAUCACAUUGUUGGGAUCACAUUGAAAUGUGUUUGCUUCUUCUAUCAGUAUCAUCAAAUGCACUGCGAAUUUAUAUAUAUUUAUAUAAAUUAAAUAGGGCCAAGAAAACAACAAGUUUUAGCAACGUUGAAUUUCGAUAAAAUAUUAAUUUUUAUUUACCAGCAAUGAUCAUCUAAAGCUUGGUUGCAGUACUUAGAUCUUGAAACCAAGGAUUCGCAUAGGAAUUCACCGUUUUAAGAUAAUCAGAGGACUUUCAUUGACUUACAACGCUUAGAAAUCUUCAAGAACUUGUAAAACGCAAUCUGAAACUGAAUGUCACUGAACGCUGAUUAAAUUAGUUUGGAACUUUA